UGGAGCGGAGAUAAAGUGGUUGCGCCUUGACUUCCUUAUCCAUCCUUGUCUUCCUGUGAGCUGCUGUUAAGAAAAAGCAUAGCUUGAAUUAUUAAAAAAGGCAAAUAUGUCUGGGAACUAUUAUUUUGCGAUCGUCGGACACGCGGACAAUCCAUUGUUCGAGUUAGAAUUUAAUAAUUCGAACAAAGAGGCGAAGAAGGAAGAUCAUGCACACUUGAGUCAAUUUAUAGCUCACGCAGCUUUAGACCUAAUAGACGAGCAUACGUGGAAAACUACAAGUAUGCAUCUAAAAGUUGUAGACAAGUUUAAUCAAUGGUUUGUAAGUGCAUUUGUCACUGCAACUCAUAUACGAUUUGUUAUGGUACAUGACAGCAAGAAUGAGGAUGGCAUAAAAAAUUUUUUCAAUGAAAUGUACGAAACCUACAUUAAGUAUUCAAUGAAUCCAUUUUACAAACUGAACACCCCUAUUAAAUCUGUUGGUUUUGAAAAGAAAGCGCAGCUUUAUGGAAAAAAGUAUUUGUCUUCGUAAUAUAUGAUAAAUAUGGUAUAUAUUUUGACAAACAUUACUUUAAUUUAAGAAAAUGUAUAUAUUGAUGAGUAAAUUGUUAUUGUUGAUAUUUCUUAUGCUUAAAUCCAUGUACAUGCAUGUAGAAAAACUUAAAUUAUAAUUGAAACUUAUAUUGCA